AUGUACCUAAUUACCCUUGUUGAGAUAAUAGGAAUUUCUGUUUAUAACGUGAAUCACGAGCUCACGUUUACAGCAUUUAAUUGGAUUUAUGAUCAACGUAUAAAUACGACUCCGAUAUCUUUCGAUAUGGAGAUAGAAGACGAUGAAUACCAUUCAAAGCUAGUAGGGAUAAAUGUUAUAAGAUUUAUAUUCUGUGUAUCGUGGAAAUCUGAGAAUAAAAUCAAACAGAGUUUUCUAAAGUUUCCUUCAUUCACGUGGGCGUUGAAGCUGAAGGGUGAACGGGUGACUUGCAAGUCAGAGACAAUCUACGAAAUAGCAAUAUACGUGUAUUUUGGAAAUUCAGAAAUUUCGUAAGGGUUGCAACAAUAUUGUAUUUAAUUUCAGUAUGCUGCGUAAACGGGAAGGCUUAACAUUGAUCGUAGGAGUCUGUAUAUUCGUUUUGGGAUAUUUGUAUUACGCCGGCGUAUUAUUAUCUACAAACAUCGUAAGAGAUAUGAUAGUACGAAGCAACCAACUGGAUGUAAGAAAUAAGGAGCAAGAUUUGUCACUACGUGCAACGGAGCAGCACCAGGAUUCCAACAUUCAACGACAUCUUAGUAAAAAAUCGGAGACGUCACCUUCAAUAAUUUCGACAACAUUUUCUUCGACCAACGCCCCAACAACUCCCAAUAGAUAUAUUGAAUGCAAAGAGGAUUUGGAAGCACUCAAGCAGGAAUAUGCAAAUAAUUCAUAUAAGAUGAAAGAAGAGAUUGAGAAGCAGUUUGAGAUGUUCAUUGGAUCAAUGUCAGCAACUCAAAUUGAACGACAAAAACUUGUAAAUAAUGGAUGUGAGGGGGUUAAGAAACCAAUCAGUUUGAAUGCCCAACCGAAUUAUGAAUCUUUUUUAAACAUAUCAUUAGGAAGACAUCCGACCAUCUAUUACUCCUCUAAAUACAAUGUAAUGUUUUGUGAAGUAGCAAAAGUCGGGUGCACACAGUUUAAACUUGCACUUCUGGAAAUGGAAAAUAUCGUUAGAGAUCCUUACAAAUUGGAGCACGAAGAUAUUCAUGCUGCGGCAUAUGAUAGUCGAACCAUGUUAGAACACGUGAAUAAUCUAACUAAGAUCAAGGAAGUCAUCGAUACAUAUUUCAAAAUCAUGAUAGUCCGGGAACCUUUUCAAAGAUUGCUUUCGGCUUACAACGACAAACUAGCACCCAAAAAAGAUUUUUAUCAUCCAAAAUAUACUCCAAUAUCGGAAUACAUCCGGGAAAAGUUUCACCGUUCUGAUACAACACAGAAGAUGGCAACAUUCGAAAAUUUUAUAGAUUUUUUACUCGAUCAGAAUCAAAAAGGGAAAACAUUAGAUUUGCAUUGGGAUUUGUACACGCGAGCUUGCGAUCCUUGUGUGUACAAAUAUGACUACAUUGCACGAUUGGAAACGAUUGAAAAAGACGCUCGUUAUCUGGAAGAAAAACUGGGAUUAAACAAAGAACUAAUGCAGCAUAAGAUAAUUACACUUUUUCAUGGGGCUAGUGAUAACUCAAUUAAAGCACAAACUUCAUAUGAAAAAACCAAGAUCGCGUAUAACAUGAUUCCAAAAUAUAAACGUUUGAAACUAUUUGAAAUGUAUAAACCGGAUUAUGACAUAUUUGGAUAUCCCUAUCCUGCAAAUUUGCUACAAUAAAUAUCUAGUUACCAAACUGACAGUGUCGUUAUCGUAAACAUUUUAUUUUUUGCAAUGCCUUUCAAACAAAGUUCAUGCAAUUACUCGAUUGAAAAAAGAUAAGUUAGUACAAUAAAUGUUUAUACUAUAAAUGAAAUAAUGUUCAAUGUAUUUUAUUUCAUUGGAUGCAAGCGUGUGGUUGGGUAAUUACUUUAAAGCAUGCGGUUUAAUUAAUUUAGUUACUCAAAGUAAGAACUCCAUUUAUAUCGCAUAUAUUUUUAUAUACUGUACAUAUAAAAUGAAUCAAAGUGUUGCUGAAACGUGAAACUGACGAGAGAAAUAGAAAAUCCAGAUCUUGUAUAAAUGACUUGAAUACUGCAAUUAUGUGAACAUUAAAUACAUUUCUGCAAAUAUUUAUGUAUAUUGGAUAUUUCAUAGAAUAUAUACUGUACAUAUAUAUAAUUCAUAUGCAAUUUCA